UGCCCCUCAAUGGCCUCGGCUCCCUGGGUUUGGUUGUGACUAGGAAGGAGCUGGCUAAUUAGGGCCAGGGUAAGGGGGAUUGCUAGAAAUAGGUUUUCGGCAGGGACUAAGGUUGUCCCACGGUGACAGCAUCCCUGGCCUCCGGUCUGUUUUCUUUCGCUCCAAGUCCUGUUCAACUUUGUGAUCUUGAACAGUGAUUGAAUUGAUGGAAGAUUGGUGAAGGAUCGGAAAAAACCCUCCCUUCUUUUACAUAAUAAAGGAGAAAUUAACCCAAAUUCCAUAUUCUGGCUUUAACUACAAAAUGCAGAGGAAGAGGAGAAUAUUUUAACAAUCAGAAGCAAGAAAAAUAAUUCUGCCUGGAGAAUUCAGUGAUGUCUUUAAGGAGGACCAUGUCAUUAGACUUUGGCAGUGUAGCACUGCAGACACAAAAUGAAGAGGAUGAAUAUGACAAAGAAGACUAUGAAAGGGAGAAAGAGUUGCAGCAGCUGCUCACAGACCUUCCUCACGAUAUGCUGGACGAUGACCUGUCCUCGCCCGAGCUCCACUCUUUGGACUGCAGUGAGGAUGGCACUGACGGAGAACCACAUUGUUCUGAGCAAUCGGAGGUGAAGUGGAAUGAGCAUCAAGUGCUGCCUAAAUCUCAAACUGUAAAUGACUAUCGUAAGAUUCGGGACAUAUAUGUUGGAGAGAAAAGUGGCAAUGAUUGGGAAGACAAUCAAAGUAAAAAUGAAGACCAGCAUCCUGGGUGCCAUCCUGAAGAAGGCGGAGAUGAAGGUGGAAGUGGUUAUAGUCCUCCAAGCAAAUAUGAACAGACAGAUUUAUAUCACCUUCCUGAAAACUUUAGGCCAUACAGCAAUGGUCAGAAGCAGGACUUUAAUAGCCAACCAACCAAUGUAAUUAAAUUUUCAGAUCCUCACAGGAAUCAUUUUCAGCAAUUUGGUACAUCACAAGGUCCCAGUUGUCAAGCUUUGGAACCAUAUAAAGUGACAUAUAAACCUUACCAGUCUUCAGCCCAGAAUAAUGUCUUACCAGCCCAGGAGGUAGCAGGAAGUGACACUUUUGAAGGCCUGCAACAACAAUUUUUAGGAGCUAAUGAAAAUUCUGCUGAAAAUAUGCAGAUUAUUCAACUUCAGGUUCUUAACAAAGCAAAAGAGAGACAACUAGAUAAUUUAGUUGAAAAGUUAAAAGAAAGUGAACGUCAAAUCAGAUAUCUGAAUCACCAGCUUCUGAUGACCAAAGAUGAAAAGGAUGGCUUGACCCUCAGCCUCCGGGAAUCACAGAAACUCUUCCAGAAUGGAAAAGAGAGAGAGAUGCAGCUUGAAGCACAAAUAAAAGUACUAGAGACCCAAAUACAAGCAUUAAAAGUCAAUGAAGAACAGAUGAUUAAGAAGUCCAGAACAACUGAGAUGGCUCUGGAAAGUCUGAAGCAGCAGCUGCUGGACCUUCAUCAUUCUGAAUCAUUUCAACGUGCCAGAGAGCAACAUGAGAGCAUUGUUCUGGGCCUCACAAAGAAGUAUGAAGAGCAAGUGUUGUCCUUACAAAAGAAAUUGGAUGCUACAGUCACUGCACUUAAGGAACAGGAAGACAUUUGCUGUCAUUUGAGAGAUCAGGUUAAACAACUGGAAAGGAAUCAAGAAGCAACCAAAUUAGAAAAGACUGAGAUCAUUAACAGAUUGACAAGAAGUCUAGAGGAGAGUCAAAAUCAGUGUGCCAACCUGUUGCACUCAGGCUCAGUACAGGAGGUGGCUCAGCUACGGCUCCAGCUGCAGCAGGCACAGAAGGCGCACGCGAUGAGUGAAAGCAUGAAGCAGGCUUUGCAAGAAGAAUUAACAGAACUAAAAGAUGAAAUUUCUCUCUAUGAAUCUGCUGCAAAAUUGGGAAUACUUCCAAGUGACUCAGAAGGAGAAUUAAAUAUAGAACUCACUGAAUCAUAUGUGGAUUUGGGUAUUAAAAAAAUCAACAGGAAAAACUCCAAAACCAAAACAGAUAUUUCAGAAAAACCAACUAAUCAGUUAUGGCCUGACUCUUCUACCUCUGAUAUGACUGUCAAAGAUGAUAUUCUGCAACUUAAAAAUGAAAUUCAAGUUUUGCGACAACAAAAUCAGGAACUUAAAGAAACUGAAGAAAAACUGAGACAUGCCAAUCAAGGUUUAUGUAAUCAAAUGAGACAAAUGGUACAAGAUUUUGACCAUGAUAAACAAGAAGCUGUGGAUAGGUGUGAGAGGACUUACCAGCAGCACCAUGAAGCCAUGAAAGCCCAAAUACGUGAAAGCCUGUUAGCAAAGCAUGCUUUGGAGAAGCAGCAGCUCUUUGAGGUGUAUGAGGGGACUCGCCUGCAGCUUAGGUCUGACUUAGAUAAGAUGAAUAAAGAGAUGGCUGCUGUGCAAGAAUGUUACCUGGAAGUGUGCAGGGAGAAGGAUAAUAUAGAACUGACUCUCAGGAGGACCAUUGAAAAGGAACAGCAGGCUCAGGAGAAGAAGAUCAAGCAAGAACUUACUCAACAACUUGAAAAGGAGUGGCAGUCUAAGCUGGAUCAAACUAUAAAGGCAAUGAAAAAGAAGACCUCAGACUGUAGCAGCCAAACUGACAGAGGAGCCACCACCAAUGUCAUUUCUGAGAAGGAGAAGGCAGUCAUGUUGGGAGAGCAGAGGUGGAAGGUCCAGCAAGGCCUAGAGCAGGAGAAGGAGCCAGCCAGCAAGGGGAGCUCGAAGGGACUUGAGGUUGGAUUGGAACUCAAAUAUUGUGAAAAUAUUGCCAAACAGGUAGAAACAGCUGUGCAAAAUGCUCGUCAUCGAUGGCUGGAAGAACUGCCUGAGCUUGCGGAGUAUAAAGCCUGUGUAAGAGCAGAACAGAAGAAGUGGGAAGAACAACAAGAGAUCUCUGUGGCCAAACGGGUAUCCUUUGCUGUUUCUGAAGCUAAAGCAAAAUGGAAAAGUGAGCUUGAAAAUGAGAAGAAUGUAAUAGCUGGAAGGGACCUGGAAGAGACGAUUCAUUCUCUUCAGAGAGAGCUUGAGUUAAAGAGCGAGGAAGUCCCUGUGAUUGUCAGGGCUGAGCUGGCGAAGGCCCGCAGUGAAUGGACCAAAGAAAAGCAAGAAGAAAUCCACAGAAUUCAAGAACAAAAUGACCAAGAUUACCGGCAAUUUUUAGAUGAUCAUCGAAAUAAAAUUAAUGAGGUGCUUGCGGCAGCUAAAGAAGACUUUGUGAAACAAAAAACUGAACUGCUUCUUGAGAAGGAGACGGAAUUGCGAACGUGUCUAGACCAGAGUCAUCGAGAGUGGGCUUUGCAGGAAGCCAGGCGGAUCCAGCCGGAAAUCUGUCAGUAUGAGGAAGACAUCCUGACUGUGCUGGAAUUCCUCCUAAAGGACGCCCCAAAGGGGCAUGUCAGUGAUUCAGAGAACAAGCAAUUUUUGGAACUUGUGUCAACUUGCUCUUCAAAAUGGGUGUCCGUGCAGUAUUUUGAAAAACUAAAGGUCUGCAUACAGAAAGCAUUUCAAGAUAUGCUUUCCCCAUUUAUAGAAAAUGCCAACUUAGAAUGGGAAAAGCGAAAUAUGGCCAUGAUUUCUAAGGAUCCUGCCACAGAGGUCACUGGCAGAGCAGACCCUGGAGUCCUGGCGGUGCUUCCUGUACCCGCUUCUGGAAACCACACUCAGCUCUUGACUUUGCAAGAAACAGAAGCAGAAGCAGAUAAGAAAAAGAUCCUUGAAAUUAAAGAUUCAUGCUGUGGACACUGCUUCCAAGAACUUGAAAGGGCCAAGCAGGAAUGUCAAGAUCUGAAAAAGAAACUGGAGAAAUGCUGUAGGCAUUUGCAGCAUUUAGAAAGAAAGCACAAAGCUGCAGUGGAAAAAAUCGGAGAAGAAAAUAGUAAAGUUGUUGAAGAGUUAAUAGAAGAAAACACUGACAUGAAGAAUAAAUUGGAAGAACUGCAAACACUUUGUAAAACACCAUCAAGGUCAUUGUCAGAAGGGGCCAUUGAAAAUGCUUGCCUGCCGUGCAGUAGGAGCGUCUUGGAAGAACUUCGUGGGCAGUACAUUAGGGCUGUAAAAAAAAUAAAGUGUGAUAUGCUUCGUUACAUUCAGGAGAGCAAGGCAAGAGCUGCGGAAAUGGUAAAAGAAGAGGUACUGCGAGAACGUCAAGAGACCGCCCGAAGGAUGCGCAAAUAUUAUUUGAUUUGCCUUCAACAGAUUUUGCAAGAUAAUGGAAAGCAGGAAGGGGCUGAAAAAAAGAUUAUGAAUGCUGCUAGCAAACUGGCUACAAUGGCAAAACUGCUGGAAACACCUAUUUCUAAUAGAUCCCAGAGCAAAACUAUGGAGUCAGUACUGCCUCUAACUUCAGAGAUGCUGAUUGGAGUUGAAAAAUCAAAAAGAAAUAAUGUGAAUCAGAACAUACCACAUCACAUUGAAAGUGAAUCAAACAGUAUAAAAAGUAUCCCCAGAAGUAUGUGUGAUCAAGCUCCUAAGAGAAGGGCUGCUUGUAACUUAGGAAGGCGGUUAGAAAAUGCAGAGCUCAGAGACGUAAAACACAUGGCUUCCAAAGGAUCACAUUCAGACUUCCAGUUCAGGGGUAGCAGUUACAUUUUGCCAGGCAGUGUGGCUCCUGAGUUUGUUCCUUGUGAAGGUGAAAGAAGCUUUGGUUUGCACAGGAAGAAAGACCUCCUCAGUGACACUGGCUCUGAAUCACCUCAACAUUCAACUGCAUACCCCUUUCUUGGGUCCCUCGGAAGUAAACCCUCACCCAGAUAUACCCCUAGUCCUUCUGAAUCCGGAUCCACACAUAUAACCUUUGGAGGUAAUAAUGAAAGACUUGGUUUAAAAGUAUGUAAGUGUAAUCCACUAAUGGAAAGUGAAAAUACUGCAUUUGAGAAGAGCCCAAGUUUGGGUGUGCAGGACACUCUGGUGAAGGACGCAGUGGGCCUCAGUGAUUCAAUAGACUGGCAUUCCAGCAGUGCCACUUUACCCUGCAACAGUCAGGACGUGUCAUUUUUACAAGGUAGGCCACAGGAAAAUCUGGAUACAGUAGCUGAAUCUGUUAGUUUCAAACAGUUUUCAGGAGCCAGUUGUCUUUCAGAUAGGGAGAAAAACAAUAUGCUUUGUCAACCGAUGAAAUGUCGGAGUGGUCAUGCACCAGAGCUGUCAGAGGAAACCAAGUAUCCACAGCCGGGGAAGAUCAGUAUGACUCUUGGACACACACCUCAUCAGAAAACUGAUGUAUUAAAGUCAGAUUUCAAAGAACUGACCAGUACAGUACCAUCUUCAGUGUCUCAGCAGCCUUCAAGGAAAUUAAGUGCUCCUCUGCCCAGCCAACAAGAUAGUGGCUUUGAUAGCCCAUUUGUCAAUUUAGAUUAAUUGUUGUACAGUAUUUAAGAAGAAUCAUUAAUAUAUUGACAAGAAAACUGGAAGGGAAGACUUCAUACCAAAAAAUUUGUAGUCUCUACCUAUUUUUAGAUGUUUCACUAACGUCUGUCAUAUGAGUAAAGUAUUCAUAUAAAACUACUUGAGAUAUUAAUAUUGCCUUAAUCUUCCAAAGGCCUGAUGGUGUGUAUUUAAUCUACUUGUGUGUGGUGCUUAUAUUUUGUUGCUAAAUCUAUUUUUAUAUUUAUAAAUUAGCUCUCUGUGCAGUGUUAUUUAAAUAAACUUGCAUGU